AUGCCCUCUGAGCACGCCGCCAGGUAUAUAUCUCGGCCAGAAUUCUCGCAAUGUCCCCUGUUAUCAGUCGUUCAUUGGGGUCCGGCCUGCAUUCAUUCCUCCAAUACCUUUCGGCACUCUUGCACUCUCCGCUGCUUGUACCAUAAAGUUCUGCUUUGGCACUCUGACCAUGAACGCGACGGCUGGAGACGCGAUGGCCAAGGCGAGAGCCACAUCGAGGUGGACCCGCGCUUGGGCGAUCUUGCAGCAGUGGAUGUCGCCGAAAAGGCCCCCAUCGUCCUCGAGGAGGAGCCAGCGGCUGCCUACCUCCGCGUGCACAGCGAGUGGGCAGACUACGAGCCAUCAGAGGCUGGAGCUGUGCUCCGCAAGAUCGACUGGCGCCUCAUGCCGCUCAUCAUCGGCACCAUUACCAUUGCUGCGGUUGAUGUAUGGCCUUCCCCAUCCGUGAAACAACAGCCUGUGGCUGAUCACGGCAGAGGCGGCCGUGCUGACAAUGCAGUAGAAAAUCCUCAUCUCCAACGCCGCACUAUACGGCAUGACGACGGACACGCAUCUGUCGGCUCGAUCUUCUAUUUCGGUUGGCUUAUCGCGGAAUACCCCGGCAGCGUCGUUCUGCAGAAGUUCCCGGUGGGCAAGACGGUCGGAGCUGCUGUCGUUGUUUGGGGUAUUCUCGUGAUGUGUCUUGGCGCAGCUCAGAACGCGGCAGGCCUCAUGGCGCUUCGUUUUCUCAUGGGUGUCUUCGAAGCGCCUCUAUUUCCCAGCUGUCACCAUCCUGAAUACCAUGUGGUAUAA